UCAGCGCUUGUCAUGGUGUCAGAGUGAAAGGGUCCCGAAGCGUUUUUUGUUUUGUUCAUUUACCAGUCAGACCAGAAACUCGGGAACAGGAACACACGCACACGAGUCUGGACCAGUUUUCUGCCUCUUGUGGUCCCCUGAUGGCUUCGCACAAUGAUACUGUGGUGGUGUUCUUUGGGGCAACAGCUGGUGCAAAUGGGGUUAAACUGGGUUCGGAUGAGAGGGAAUUAAUUCUCUUGGUGUGGCAAAUUGUGGACCUGCAGAACAAGAAGGUGGGGAAAUUACACAGGUGCCUGGUAAAACCCGACAGCCUGGAACUAACAGAGCAGUGUAGAGAAGACACGGGUCUGAAUUUGGAUGACAUUUCUAAAGCCGAGCCUUUAGACGACGUUCUGCAACAGUUUCACCAGUCCGUGUUGAACGAGCUGAAGGUCCUGGGUAGGAGCUCAUUCACACUCUGCACAGACGGGCCCUUGCUUAUUAGACAAGUCUUCCAUCCAGAGGCCUCCAACAAGAAUCUGGUCCUGCCAGAUUGUUUUUAUUCCUUUGUUGACCUGCGGAAGGAGCUUCACAAAUGUUGUCCAGACUCCGGCUCAGCACAGGACCAGACCCUUUCCUCCAUGGCAGAAUAUUUAAACAUCCCUACAGAAAACACAGAGACAAGCGCAGGGGUCUGGGAGGUGAAAACUAUGGCAAUGAUUGUUUUGCGACUUCUUUCUGAACCACACAAUAACAAAUUCACAGACUUUGAGACAGUGAAGUACAAGUUUGAAACCGGCGCCUGCAGGAAGUUGGAGGCUGUGGACAGUGAGACAGUGAUCCGAGCCAGGGGACUCCCGUGGCAGUCUUCAGACCAAGACAUUGCCAGGUUCUUCAAAGGGCUCAACAUCGCCAAGGGCGGGGUGGCGCUGUGCCUCAAUGCACAGGGCAGGCGGAACGGAGAGGCACUUGUUCGGUUUGUCAGUCCGGAGCACAGAGACCUGGCCUUGGAGAGACACAAGCAUCACAUGGGCAGCCGGUAUAUAGAGGUUUAUAAAGCUACAGGAGAGGAAUUUCUAAAAAUAGCAGGUGGCACUUCCAAUGAAGUCGCCCAGUUCCUGUCAAAGGAGAACCAGGUGAUCAUCCGCAUGCGCGGGCUGCCCUUUACCGCCACCGCGGAGGAAGUGCUCAGCUUCCUGGGUCCAGACUGCCCUGUGACGGACGACAAAGAGGGGCUGCUGUUCGUCAAGUACCCUGACGGGAGGCCCACGGGGGACGCCUUCGUGCUGUUCGCCUGCGAGGAGUAUGCUCAGAACGCCAUCAAGAAGCACAGGGAGAUCCUGGGCAAGCGCUACAUCGAGCUGUUCCGCAGCACUGCGGCAGAGGUGCAACAGGUAUUGAACCGGUACAUGUCCACUCCUCUGAUCUCCACCCUGCCGCCCCCCAUGCUGCCGGUGAUGCCCCAGCCCUUCAUCAUGACAGGGCCGGCACGGGACUGCGUGCGGCUCAGGGGCCUCCCCUACACCGCCACCAUCGAGGACAUCCUGGAGUUCAUGGCCGAGUUCACGGUGGACAUCAAGCCCCACGGUGUCCACAUGGUCCUCAACCAGCAAGGUCGCCCAUCCGGGGAUGCCUUCAUUCAGAUGAAGUCCGCAGAGCGCUCCUUCCUUGUGGCUCAGAAGUGCCACAAAAAGAUGAUGAAGGACCGCUACGUGGAGGUGUUCCAGUGCUCUGGGGAGGAGAUGAGUUUUGUUUUAAUGGGUGGCACUUUAAACCGUAGUGGCUUGUCGCCGCCGCCAUGUAAGUUACCAUGCCUCUCCCCCCCUGGCUAUGCUUUCCAGACCGCUGCCGCAGUGAUCCCCGAAGCAGCGCUUUACCAGUCUCAAGCUCUGCUGGCCUCUCCCAGGACCCCCCAGCCCCCUGCCCCCACAGCACCCCCUGCUAUCGCUUACUACUCCACGCAGGCCCACGCACACGCACACGCACAGGCCCAGGCCCAGGCACAAGCACAGGCACAGCUGUACAUGAACAUGAGCAUGAACAUGAACAUGAACUACACUGCGUACUACCCGAGUCCCCCUGUCUCCCCCACCACAGUGGGUUACUUCGCUGCUCCUCACGGCUCCAUGGUCGCUGCCCAGGCCUCCCCCAGCGCCAUGCUGCCCCAGCCGGGGGCCCUGGUCCGAAUGCAGGGGCUGCCGUACAACACCGGCGUCAAGGAGAUCCUCAACUUCUUCCAGGGAUACCAGUAUGCACCCGAUGACUACAACAGCCUUAUUCAGAUGAACGAUCAAGCAAGGAGCUUGUUACAGCCUCCCAAAGAGUGGGUCUGUUUGUAAUUGCCCCACCUUUCGUUAAUCCGAGAAGCUCCACCCAGACUCUGUUCUCGUGCUCUACAACUUCAACGGCCAGUGCAGCGGGGAGGCGUUGGUGACUUUUCCGAAUGUUGAUGCGGCGAAGCAAGCUGUGGCUGAGAGAUCGGAGCGGACCCUGGCCGGACGCUACAUCAACCUCUUAGUGGUGUAAUCUGAGAGGGGAGGGGGGAGGGCAAGGGAAAACGAGCCGACAAACAAAACGGAGCACUGUGCCUUUAAGAGACUGUAAUGGAAGAUCCUGUGUUUGUGUUUUUUUUUUUAUUUCCUCAAAGUGCCUUAGAAUCCGUGGACUUCAGAUUUCUUAUUUAAAUGUGUGUGUUUUUUUUUUUUUUUUUUUUUUUUUUUUUUUUAAAAGCAGUAGAAAAGAGAGAUGAGAAAAAAUGUACAAUAAAUAAAUCUCAGGUAUCCACUGUCGUGGUGCACUAACCAUCACUGCACUGCAGCCUGGUGCCAGACAUGCUCAUCCCAAACCAGCAUGUGUUCAUGACCUUGGCCUGCGCUUGACCCUGGGGGGCUGGGUGGUAAUUAUUAGAACAAAUAUAAUGAGAUAUCCUGCUCUAGUUAAAGUAGAAACCUAAACCUAGUCAAGAGAGCCAGCAGCCUCUGUGUGCAGCACAUUAUUAUUAUUAUUAUUGUUUUGAUUUUUUUGCAAAGCAGUUGGGAGCCCAGCAAAAUCUUUUUUGUUUAAAAACACAAAGGAGUUGUCAGAACAAAAUGUGAAUGAAACCAUAUAUGAUGAACUCUGGGUCUACAUAGUAAAUGUUGGGCUGUUCCGGUCAAUCUUCUAAAGGGCUGUGUGCUUCUGUAAGCCAUAAUGAAGAUUCUGCCUUCACUUGCCAACCUGAGUUCAUGACCACAGAUCUUGAAAAGGCGCACAAAAAACAAACAAAAAAAAACAAAAAACCUACAUUUUUAUAACUUAUAUUUUAUUUAAGAAUAUUAUCUUUAAAACCCAAUAGUAGGCCAUGUUAGUUUGGGCCACAUUUAAAAUAAACUAAUACCUCUUAUUUUAAAGCAAUUCUUUUGAAACCUGAUUCUUUUUUUUUUUUACUUGUCUACUACUCAAAGCAGUGGGUGGGUGCCCUAUAGUGCUGCAGGAAUCUGAAGAGUACUCCUUGAGAGUGUUACUGUUAUGGGUGCAUUAUUCCUUUUUUUUGUCUUUUUAGUUUGGAUAUUUUUUACAGACUCCGCUGCAGUCCGUUUACAGAUUGUAGUCUCUCUCUCUCUGGCUCAAUUGUUGCAGUUCCUCUACUGCCCUCUAGUGUAGGAGAAUUGGAAUUGCCCACCCAACACAGCAGCACCAACAGUUGCUAUGGGAGAGCCUCCCUGUACUUGCUGUUCCACUUGUUGCUACCAGCAGGAUUCCAAAGGUGGGGAAAUCUCAAUCCAACUAAACACAUCUUUGUAUGUAUACUGUUCACAGAACUGUUUUGGCUAUUGAUUUACUUUAUGGUCUAAUGUGCAUCCAAAGAGAUAAGCAGAGUCUGUGUAUUCCUGAAGGGGGAGGCGUCUGUUUUCAGUUAUUGUGCCAGCUAGAGCAUGUUUAUUGUAGAUUCUUCUUGUUUGUUGUAUAUGCCUGUAACGUAUAUGAAUGUGUUUUUACAUGAGCUGGUUCCAUGUGUGAAUGGCUUCUGCAGUCCGAGCACUCGUCCCUCGUGCUUUAAUUAAACGCAGUGCAAUACCAGCAGAAAAAAGUGGGAAAGAUCCUCGGGAGGUUAAAAGCUGUAUAGUUUUUUUUUUUUUUUUUUUUUUUUAAACAAGUUUGAAACUUGCAUGGAUUUAGAAAGAUAUGUAUGCAUCUUAUAUUAAAAAAAUAAAUAAAUAAAUGAAAAGA